AUAGGAUUUUUUUAUAUGGGAGUGAUAUAAGAAACUAUUUUUCUUAUAUCAAUGAGAAAAACAGAAAAUUAAUUCUACUUACAUAUGUAUUGCAUAUUUAUUUAUGAAUUGUGAUUAAAGCUAUUGGAAAUAGAAAUGGCCUAUUUUAGUGAAAUUUGUAGAAUCUGUUUAUGCGAUAAUGUACGCAUGUAUGUACUAAAGAAGACUGGUCUCGAAAAUUUGUACAAAACAUUGACGAAUAAUUUUAUGGACGAGGAUGAGGAGCCCAUAAUUAUCUGUUUCACCUGUCAUGCAAGACUCAUUCGUUGCAGAACAUUACAACAACAGGCUAUUGAGUCAAAUGCAAUUCUGGAGCAGUUGCUUGCAGGAGGGUCCAUGGUAUUAUCCGUUCCAUCCAUUAAACCUAUAAAAGUCCCUCAUAGAUUGCCUCAUAUACGAGGGGUUUUGCCAUAUUUGCUACGCUUGGCAGUCAAUACCAAAUCAUCAUGAGGCUAGAGAUAAGAUUCAAUUCACACCAAUUAGUCAUAUAGAUAUCAGGCCAGCAGAGUGUGAUGUAGAAAAUAAUUGUAAGGACGAUAUGUUUAGCCUUGAUUUUGUUAAAGUUGAGGAAGAGAAUUUCGAAAUUGAGAAUUCCACAUUUAAAGAAAAUUGGAAUCAUGAAAUAGAAACUUCUGAAAAGAAGAUUAAAUCAAAUUCUACUGAUUGUAACAUAAACGAUGUUCGUGAAGAAAACCUCGAUUUUGAAGGCCCUACUAUUAAAUCAAACCCUAAAAUGAAAAAACAUAAUCAACCAAUUAAUAAAAAAGAAAAGCAUCCUGCAAAAAUAAUGAAAAAGAAAAUUUUAAAACAAAAGAGUGUAAAUUUACUUAAGAAAAAGACAUCUGGGACAUCAACUAAAUACAUUUUUGAAUGUGAUGGUUGUAGUAAAAAAUUUUCAACAAAAGACAUUCUCGCCAAACACAUUUCAUACAGUCAUAAGACACAAAAGAACUCAGACACCACUGCAGUGCGGACACAAGUAGAACUAACUCCAGUACCACAACAAACAGAAAAAUUUAAUUGUGAUAUUUGCGAAUUUAAAACAUCUCAAAAACGUUGCAUUUUGUCACAUCUUAAAGCGCACGUCGCUAAACAAAUGUACUGUUGUAAUAAUUGUGAAUAUAAAUGUAUUAGAAAAAGAGAUUUGCAAAAACAUAUGAAAAUACACACCGGUGAAAAACCUUUUUCGUGUAAUAUCUGUGAAUAUAGAUGUAUUACAAAAAGUAAUUUGCAAACCCAUAUGAAAAUACACACUGGUGAAAAACCUUUUUCGUGUAAAAUCUGUGAACAUAGAUGUGUUACAAAGAGUCGUUUGCAAAUACAUAUUAUGAAAAUACACAGCGGUGAAAAACCUUUUUCGUGUAAUAUCUGUGAAUAUAGCUGUAUUAGAAAAAGUGCUUUGCAAAUACAUAUGAAAAUACACACCGGUGAAAAACCUUUUUCGUGUAAUAUCUGUGAAUAUAGAUGUAUUAGAAAAAAUAGUUUGCAAGAACAUAUGAAAAUACACAGCGGUGAAAAACCUUUUUCGUGUAAUAUCUGUGAACAUAGAUUUAUUAGAAAAUGUGAUUUGCAAACCCAUAUGAAAAUACACACCGUUGAAAAACCUUUUUCGUGUAAUAUCUGUGAAUAUAGAUGUAUUAGAAAAAAUAGUUUGCAAGAACAUAUGAAAAUACACAGCGGUGAAAAACCUUUUUCGUGUAAUAUCUGUGAACAUAGAUUUAUUAGAAAAUGUGAUUUGCAAACCCAUAUGAAAAUACACACCGGUGAAAAACCUUUUUCGUGUAAUAUCUGUGAAUAUAGAUGUAUUAGAAAAAAUAGUUUGCAAGAACAUAUGAAAAUACACAGCGGUGAAAAACCUUUUUCGUGUAAUAUCUGUGAAUAUAGAUGUAUUAAAAAAAGUCGUUUGCAAGAACAUAUGAAAAUACACACCGGUGAAAAACCUUUUGCGUGUAAUAUUUGUGAAUAUAGGUGUAUUAGAAAAACUGAUUUGCAAACCCAUAUGAAAAUACACACCGGUGAAAAACCUUUUUCGUGUAAUAUCUGUGAAUAUAGAUGUAUUACAAAAAGUAAUUAUCAAAAACAUAUGAAAAUACAUACUGGAGAAAAACCUUUUUCGUGUAAUAUCUGUGAAUAUAGAUGUAUUACAAAAAGUCAUUUGCAAACCCAUAUGAAAAUACAUACUGGACAAAAACCGUUUUCGUGUAAUAUCUGUGAAUAUAGAUGUAUUACAAAAAGUCAUUUGCAAACCCAUAUGAAAAUACAUACUGGAGAAAAACCUUUUUCGUGUUAUAUCUGUGAAUAUAGAUGUAUUUCAAAAGUUUCUUUGCAAACACAUAUGAAAGUACACACAGGAGAAAAACCUUUUUCGUGUAAUAUCUGUGAAUUUAUAUGUAGAACAAAAAGUAAUUUGCAAAAACAUAUGAAAAUACACACCGGAAAAUACCUUAAUUGAGGAUAAGGAUUCCUAAUAGAUGUCCAUGGGCCACAGCUGCACAGCAUUCACUUACCAUCAGUUGGACUGGGUGCUCGUAUGUCACCCUUAUUCAAUUUAACAAAUCAUUGAAUAUCUCAGAUCAACACCGGUUUGAAACCAUUCAAGUGUGAGGUAUGCGAUAAAUUAUAUUAGGUUCUUACAUAUGAAAUUAGGGGGUGCUAAGAAACUCCGGUGGAGGUUCGGUUGCCAUCUACGACGACUCGACCUGGCAACUUAUAACGCACGCACCCUGAGGACUGACGAGAAGAUCCCGGAGCUGGAAGAAUAGAUAGGCAAGUUGCGCUGGAAUGUCAUAGGAUUAUCCGAAGUCCGAAGAGAGGUGGAGAACACGGUAAUCCUCGAAUCCGACAAUUUGUUCUAUCACCGGGAGGGUGACCAUCUGUCCCAAUGAGGUGUUGGAUUUAUCGUCCAAAGUCACUCGUUAACAACGUUGUAAAGAUUGGGAGUGUGUCGACGAGGGUUGCGUACCUUAUACUCAGAAUCACCAAACGGUAUUCGCUGAAGGUCAUACAGGUAUACGCACCAACCUCGGCACACCCCGAUGAGGAGGUGGAGGAAAUGUAUGAGGAUAUCUCUAGAGCCAUGCAUUCCUCCAGAACCCACUAUACGGUGUUAAUGGGAGACUUCAACGCAAAACUAGGCACAAUUAUUGUAAAAAAAGACAGCAUUUGGAUCUCAUCUACUGUAUUCCAGAAGUUGUAGAGAACCCCUUUAAGGCUUCAAAUACUGAUAACACUGGUAAGUUUCCCUUCAACUCUUUCUAAUAAUUUUAUAAAGAGUUAUUAAAUAUUCUCAUGAUGUACAACAAUCUAUUAAAUUGCUUAUUUAGCAUCCAU